CCAACUCCAUCGUUGCAUCUCCCAUUUUCUCUGAUAAAAACGAUGUUCAAGCUAUGGAAAUGGUACCAAAGCUGUAUGUCUCUUCAUCCAGUGAAGACGCAGGUAAUCAGCUCAGGGUGUCUCUGGGGCAUUGGCGAUAUUGCCGCUCAAUAUAUCACCCACUCUACAGUUAAGAACCGACUUCAAUCUCCUGAUGCAGAUGGAGAAUUUAAAAUUGAUUGGAAACGAGUAGCCACCACGAGUAUGUUUGGAUUUGGCUUUGUUGGACCAGUUGGCCACUUCUGGUAUGAAGGUUUGGACAGAUUAAUAAGGCUAAGGCUUUGUUACGAACCAAAGUCAGUGAAGUUUGUGGGUACAAAAGUAGCAAUGGAUGGACUCAUUUUUGGCCCUUUGGAUCUGUUUGUAUUUUUCACUUACAUGGGGUUUUCUGCUGGCAAGAAUGUUGCUCAAGUGAAGGAAGAUGUGAAGAGGGAUUUCCUCCCAGCCUUGGUCUUGGAAGGUGGUGUAUGGCCUAUACUUCAGGUUGCAAAUUUCCGGUAUGUUCCAGUGAGAUACCAACUCCUCUAUGUCAACUUCUUCUGCUUAUUAGACAGUGCCUUCUUGUCGUGGCUCGAGCAACAGCAGGAUGCUCCAUGGAAGCAAUGGUUUAACAAUUUCACCUCAUUCAAAGAAAAAGGUCAGCGUGGCUUGUGACAAUUUUCUUGCAACUACUUUUUUUUUUUUUUUCACCGAUCACAUUCCCGGAAUUCUCACCGGAAUAUUCAUGUAGUGUUGAAAGAAUUAACAAACAACCCCAAAAUAC